AUGGACAUGAGAAAGGUUAGCAAGGUGUUGGUGAACGCGUGGUGGCUGGCCAACAACCCGGACCACUGGAAAAAGCCGGAAGAAUUCAGGCCGGAGAGGUUCCUAGAGGAGGAAGCUGGAGUCGAGGUCAACGGCAACGACUACAGGUUCCUCCCCUUCGGGGUGGGCUGGAGGAGCUGCCCCGGGAUUGUUCUCGCCAUGCCUAUGCUCGGGAUUACCAUUGGCCGCCUCGUCCAGAAUUUCAAGCUGCUUCCUCCCCCGGGCCACUCCAAAAUCGGCACCGCGGAGAAGGCAGGCCAGUUCAGCCUCCACAUUUCGAACCACUCCACCAUUCUCAUGAAGCCCAUAUCGAGAUCAUCCUUUUGA